CUCGCUACACAAACAGUCGCCCCGCCCCCUCCCGUUGGACGGGCGCUGAUCCCGCCCCCUUCGGAGACGGCGCUCCCCUCCGAAACCCCCAUUAACCGUGACUUCUGACCUCGCCCGGAUUGGAAUGUUCUGGAGACCCCCCGCGCCUGCGCACUGCCGCCGGAAGCUGCUGUCCGGAGGGUCCGAACCUGGGGCCUGGUCUCCACAGUGAGGCCUGGGCUUGGGGUUCGGUGACUCUCCAGGAAGGUAGACCCCACAGAGAGCCAGCAUAACAGGAGCUAACCAGGAGGAGAACCACACGUUGACAACCAGGAAGCCAUACCAGCAGAGGCGUUGUGUAGUACCGUGGCCAGGGGCAGUGAGGGCAGGUGACGUCUCGACGGGUUACAGAAGGAGCGCGGCGAGAUGCGCGAGUGUCUGUCACUCCACAUUGGCCAGGCCGGUGUGCAGCUCGGGAAUGCCUGCUGGGAGCUGUACUGCCUGGAGCAUCGGAUCAAGCCGGACGGUAAAAUGCGCACUUCCAAGUCCGGCAGUGCCCAAGACAACUCCUUCAACACCUUCUUCAGUGAGACUGGGGCAGGGAAACACGUUCCCCGGGCCGUGUUCAUCGAUCUGGAGCCCACUGUGAUUGAUGAGGUCCGCACUGGCACCUAUCGGCAGCUCUUUCACCCUGAGCAGCUCAUCACUGGCAAGGAGGAUGCAGCUAAUAACUACGCCCGGGGCCACUGCUCCAUCGGGAAGGAGAUUGUGGAUCUGGUCUUGGAUCGAAUAAGGAAAAUGGCUGACCUGUGCACAGGGCUGCAGGGAUUCCUCAUCUUCCACAGUUUCGGGGGUGGCACUGGUUCGGGUUUCACUUCCCUCCUGAUGGAGAGACUCUCCGUCGACUACGGCAAGAAAGCCAAGCUGGAGUUCUCCGUCUACCCCGCUCCCCAGAUCUCCACCGCGGUGGUCGAGCCGUACAACGCAGUGCUGGUCACCCACUGCACCCUGGAGCACUCCGACUGCGCCUUCAUGGUGGACAACGAAGCCAUCUAUGAUAUCUGCCAGCACAACCUUGGCAUCGAGUGCCCGAGCUACACCAACCUCAACCGCCUGGUGGCACAGAUUGUCUCGUCCAUCACGGCGUCCCUGCGGUUCGAGGGCGCCCUCAACGUGGACCUGACAGAGUUCCAGACCAACCUGGUGCCCUACCCACGCAUCCACUUCCCUCUGGCCACCUACGCGCCGCUGAUGUCGAAGGAGGAGAACAAAAACACCCAGCACUCCACGCUGAAGAUCACCAAGGCCUGCUUCAAGCCAGACAACCAGAUGGUCAAGUGCAGUCCCCACACUGGCAAGUACAUGGCGUGCUGCAUGCUGUACCGAGGGGAUGUGUCGGUAAAAGAGAUCAACACUGCCAUUGCCACCAUCAAGAGCAUGCGCGCUAUCAGCUUCGUGGAUUGGUGCCCGACUGGAUUCAAGGUUGGGAUCAACCACCAGGCUCCGAUGGUGGUGCCAGGGAGUGACCUGCCCAGGCUGACCCGUGCCAUCUGUAUGCUGAGCAACACCACUGCCAUCUCUUCGGCUUGGACCCGCCUGAACAUGAAGUUCGACAAGCUGUACGCCAAGCGGGCCUUUGUGCACUGGUACGUGGGGGAAGGUCUGGAGGAAGGGGAGUUCCAGGACUCACGGGAGGACAUGGCCUCACUCGAGAGGGAUUACGAAGAGGUGGGAUAUGAUUCCAGCUACCUCAACGAGCUGACAGAGAGGGCGGAGUAAGACAAAAAAGGACAUUGACCACAGGGAGAAGGUUGACGUCUGGAAUCAACCUCCAUGCUACCAAUUCCGCGGACAUGCUAGACUACCACAUGGCAUUAUUGAGGUGUCUUCGGAUCGACGAGCCUAUCUAUGUCGGAGGUCGCCGCUAUGUCGAAUAUGUGAACCCCCUACCCCUGCAGCACAAGGAACUCAGUCUCAGGGAAACGUUCCCUUUCCAUAUCUCAGGAUCAUCCAGAAAGUUGCCACCCCACCGCUGGAAGUUUUCCCUUUUUUUUGUUUUUGGGUGUAGGUCGUUUUUCUGCAUAACAAGACCCCUCGCACAGAAAGGUGGUGAAUGGGAGGCCCCUUUGCUUUCCUUUACUGGUCUGGGAUUGGGAGGAAUUAAUAUUCGGUUCCUUGGAUACCAAAUCCCUUCUCCCCACCACCGCUGGUGAGCCCUGAACUUGCUGUUCUCCUGUUGGAUCUUCAACACGUUCCUGAGUGGGUGUUGGGGCCCUUAUUAAAUAUGUCAUCUGUGAGAUGGCUCCCUCCCAUUAGAUGGCACAUUUCCUACACCCCCUCUUGCAACCCCCACCCCAAACCCCACCCGCGCACACACCCCGCCCCCCCAGUGGAGAGGUAGGUGUCCAUUGUGAUGGGAUAUGCUUGCGUGCAUUAUACCCCUCAAUGCUUCUGGACCAGGAGGAAGAAGCAGCCAUGUAACAAUGCGGCCCUUCAGACUUCUCCCCAGCUCCAUAUUAACCCCCUGAAUCAACGUCAGUGGGAGCAGACUGGCUGCCCCUUUCUCGCAAUGCUGUUUGAGGGAUCUUGCUAUGGAAACACUUCCUUAAAUGACGACAGCGGGUGAAGUGCCCUGGGGUAUGUGGAGAGGUUCGGAAAGGCGCUACCCAAGUGGAAGCCUUCCUUGUGUUGCUUUGUCUCAUUGUGCGUGCUUUAAAGUUCUGUGCAUUUGUUGGUCGACAAGC